UAAGAAGAUAACAGAAGAAGAAGAAAACAGGAAGUUAAAAUGGAGGAACACCCGUUUAUGCUAAUUUAUUACGUAGCAGGACAAAACAAAGUAAUUGUGCACAAUUUCUAACAGCCGUGAUAACGAAACAAGACGGCGUGUUCCUCUGAAACCUGACGUAUUUUUCGGUGCUAACUUCUGAGCUAGCAGCGGGGGGUUAAAUAUCAUUGACGUUAGCUGACGGAGUGUCACACUGUGGUUAACCGACUUCUGUCGCUUUGAAGCGGAUAAUCAGGUCACAGAAACAGUGAUGGAGGUGGCUGAGACGGAGACGAGUCUGUCUCAGAUCCACCAGUCUGGGGAAGACAACAAGAGAAAGACAGAAUCUAGAGGAGAAAGAGACGAUGAUGGAAAUAUGUCUGGUUCCCAGUUUGAGUCUGCACCCUCCACAAGUGCAACUCCCAGCAGCAAAACAAGAUUGGAGGACAGUCCUGACGCUCUCGGUGUAAUAAAAGAAGCGGUGGUGGUUUUGACCAGACUCCCCGAUUAUAAGAUCAGCGCCCUGCGACCACCAACUCCACCGCAGUUCUACAGCGAAGACGAAUCCCUCAGCAGCUCUGAUUCUGAUAUGCAGUGUGAACCAGAGGGUGAAAAUUCUUCCCUUGACCUCUAUGAUGUGUCAGAACCAGCCCCAGUCAUAGUAUCAUCAGCUUUUUCCCAUUCUUCGAGUGAAACCACAAAGAUCCGUCCUAACUUGCCAGAAGAAGAGGUCAACGUGGACAUGAUUGUCCUGGCUAAGAGGGGGCCCAUGAGAUGGCAACGGGGAAAAAUUGUGGACAUAAUAACAAAAGAAGACGGACGAUUAAAGUACAAAGUUAGCUUUGAAGAAAAGGGGAGGAGCCUUGUGUCUGGCCACCACAUUGCCUUUGACACCACACCGAGGUUGGAGCAGCUGUACGUCGGUGCUCGUGUGGUGGUCAAGUGUCAAGAUAACAAUUCCCUGUUCCGGCCUGGUGUUUUGGCAGAGCUGCCCAGCAGGAAGAAUCGCCUUAGGUUCUUGGUUUUUCAGGAUGAUCACAUGCCGGUUUACGUUGGUUUACCUUCACUUCAUCUGGUGUGCAGACCAUUGGAAAAUGUUUUGGAUGACGUCGCCAAUGCUCGUCACAGCUCUUUUAUGAGUCAGUACCUGAGGGAUUGGCCAUACCCACAUUUAACGCAUUACAUCACGGGACAGAGCCUUAAUGCAGAAUUAAAUGGAGUCAUGCAGAGGUGUGAGGUGCAGGUGGUUGACAGCAGCUUGAUACAGGUCGUUUUUCAGGAAAAUCAACACAGGGAGUGGAUCCAUCGAGGCUCCAUACGACUUGAACACAUGGCAAGAUUUUUGGAAUUGAAAGCACUGCAAGAGUACGAGAGUGACUCUGACUAGAAGCCUACGGACACAGAUUUGCACAUCAUUAUUACCUUGAAGCGAUGUGCCAUUGGAUUGUUUUGGGAAACACAGACUAAAGAAUUUCAGGACCACAACUUGCUCCGAGGGGUCGGUGAUAUUUUUGAUUAGCUGCAGCUUGCACUGCGUGGGAUGUGGUAAUGACUAGAUUGCGAAAGUCAAGUACAAAUUGACAUAUAACUUGUUUUAAGCUGCUGGCAUGAAAUUUGCUUUAGUGUUUCACUUCUCACUCUCACAGACUUUUAUUUUCUUGCACUAUCAUGACUGCUUGACCUUUGCUUUAGAGUUUUGCCAACCUGAAAUGAAAUGAAAUGAAAUGGGUUGAGUAUGCAGGAUGCAGGACAUAACAAGGCGUGACUCAAAAUCAGUGUAGACAGGUUGGAGCCUAAACUUUUCUUUGGUCUUUAACUUACGAAUCAUGAUGAAAAAGUCUGUAUCAAAACUCUGAAAGAGUUCUACUUUUGUUUAACUCCCUUUAUUACAGAAAACCCCACAAAUAUCAUGUGUCUUUUCCUUAGUUUUUUUGCCCAUCUAACCAGUGAUUGCCAUUUUCUCAACAAUACCAAAUUUGAAAUGUUUAUUUGAAAAGCUUUGUAUAGUAUUAGGUUUGUCCUUUUUCUCUCAUUUUGUAAGUAAUAGAAGCAGAGCCGGGGGGGUCCUUAUGCAUCUGUGCCCAGUGGGACAGUAGUUCAUAAUCCAUCAAUCUAUUAAUACAGUUUAUAAUGUAAAAUUACAGUGUGACAUUUGUGUCAAUAAUUGUCAAGCACAGGUGACUUCAGGGUGGUGGGAGUGGGGACCCUCAAAAGGCUUGGGCCGGCUCUGAAUAGAAAUAUAAAAUAUGUUUUUUCCAUUGCACUUGAUAUAAGCUUGUUAUGCGACAGUGUCAGCCUAAUUUCUAGAGAUGUAUUUAAAUAAAUAUGAUUUCUCAAUUUUCA